AUGAAUUCUCUAACUGUCAUCAUCUCUCUUAUCUUUCAAUCUACUUACGGCCAAAACUCACCCCGAGACUAUCUCAACUCUCACAAUGCCGCCCGAAACCAAGUUGGCGUGGCGAACGUGACAUUGGACAACACCAUUGCUACCUACGCCCAGAGCUAUGCGAGCCAACAGGUUGGCGACUGUAGCCUCGUGCACUCUAAUGGGCGCUACGGCGUGAACCUUGCCAAGGGCACAGGCACGUUCACGAGCACCUAUGCUGUGAGCCUGUGGGUUGCGGAGAAGCAAUACUACACUUACAACACCAAUGACUGCGCAAGUGACCACGACUGCUUGCACUACACUCAGAUAGUUUGGCGCGAGUCUAUCCGAAUCGGGUGCGAUAAGGUUAAGUGUGAUAAUGGGUGGUGGUACGUUGUGUGCAAUUACGAUCCUCCGGGUAACUAUGAAAGAGAACUUUCACACUAA